AUGUCGAAAGUCGAAAUGAAGGGAGAUAUUGGGUUCCUAUCGUGGUUUCCAGCUAACAACACAAACUUGAAAGUUUUUUAUCUUCUCAAUUGUUCACUCUCAGGGCAUUUCCAAAUUCCAAUCCAUCCUCACAAAAACCUAAUGGAUUUAGAUAUCUCCAACAAUGGCUUCAUUUCAGGUCCCAUUCCACCUAACAUCUGCACAAUUUUCCCCAACAUAGAAUCUUUAUCCUUAUCUGGUAAUAAAUUCUUCGGUAAGAUUCCUAAAGAGAUUUGGGAUCUAACGAUGCUCUCCAUCCUUGACCUUUCAAAGAAUAAGCUUUCGGGAAAUCUGCCACCAGGUUUCGUUUCACCAUGGAUGCAAGAAGUUUACUUGUCCAGAAAUCAACUAGGAGGAACCUUAACCACCAAUUUAUCUUAUCAACUUGGGUUAGGUGUCUUGGAUCUCAGUCACAAUUGUUUCACAGGCACAAUCUCAUAUUGGAUUUCUAGGCUACCUCGACUGAGUUAUAUUUUGUUGAAUGACAACCAGUUUCAUGGAGAGGUUCCAGUAUCAUUUUGCUUGGAGAAUUCAAAAUUGAUUGACCUUUCUCACAAUCAUCUAUCUGGUCAUCUUACCUCCAAAAUAUUCACAUCAAAUAUCAUCAAUUGCAAUGCACGAGUUGCAUUCUCCAAACCUAAUCAUGAUAUGGAGUUUGUCUCUAAGACGUUAUUAUAUACUUACAAGGGGGUGCCUCUCCAAUUAAUCUCUGGCAUGGAUUUCUCCAGUAACAAUCUCACUGGCAAUAUCCCUCUUCAAAUCGGCCAUUUGGGUAAUAUCAAAGUCCUCAAUUUAUCAUACAACAAGUUCACAGGACCCAUCCCACCCACCAUUGCAAACAUGUCGCAAAUUGAGAGUUUGGAUCUUUCUCAUAAUAAUUUGAGUGGGGUGAUUAGUCUUCAACUCACUGAGUUGCAUUCUCUAUCCUCUUUUAGCGUGGCUUAUAACAAUUUGUCUGGUAAGUGUCCUCAGAAGAUUACACAAUUUAGUACAUUUGACGAAAAUAGCUACCAAGGAAACCUAUUUCUCAAUUGCACAUUACCACUGCUAACACCAAAACCACCAUUAAGGCCGACAACUUCUGAUGAUGGAGAUGAUGAUGGAGAAGAUGGAUUUAUUGAUAUGGAGAGUUUCUAUGCCAGUAGUGGAGUGUCUUUUAUCAUGGUGUUGCUAAUAAUUGCUAGUGUUCUAUAUGUAAAUCCAUAUUGGAAACAAGCAUGGUUUUAUUAUGUUGGGGUCACCAUAACUGGUUGUUAUUAUUUUGUGGUGGACCAUCUUCCUGUGCCAACUAGGUACAAGGUGUGGGAACUUCGUAUAUAG